AUGCAUUCACAUUAGAAUCAUCAAUCAUCUUCUUAAUAACAGAGUCAUCAUAGAAGCUUUACUCCAACAGGAUAAUACCCUAUUUAACCUAGCAAAUCUCAGCAGUCAAUUUAAUAGAUGAUUUAACAAUAGCAACCACCUCAUAGAAUCUCAAACCCAAAUAUUUCUUAGAACAAUAACUCCUUUACAUAAAAUAGAAAUGCCAUUAAUCCUGAUUCCUUUUCAUCAAAUAGAUAAAUGAUUGAAAGAGGUCAAUAUAAUAUUCCAACUCCUUAAUAUAUGCAUGGGGCAAGAAAUGCUUCAACUGAAAAUAAAGAAAAUAACACUCCUCCUUAUCAGUCUGUAUAAACUCUCCCAAAUUACUAAAGCAACAAACCUUCUAAUUCAAAUUAUCCCCCUCCAGCUUACUAAUAACCCAACUAGAAUGCUUAAAGUUCAAGCUAUUCAAAAGAAUUUUUUAACAAUCAUAACACCAGUCAAUAACAAUAGUAUAACUCUUAAAGAGUUCCAGUCUCGCCAAAUAACUAAUACUAUCAAUAAUAAAAUUCUACUCCAUCAAGUUCUAGGUUUACUCCAGAAUAGCUUAAAAACUAUGUAACAGAGCAAUUAGAAGACUUUAAAGUUGAGUUGAUGAAAAAUUUUUAAAAUGUCGUCUAAGAAACAAUCUAAAAGAACUAAAUAAGUAGCAAUGCAAUCGAAAACUUGAAGAGACAAGUUGGAAGUAAUAAGUUAGACAUAAACUAAGUUCAGUAGAAAAUGGAGAAUAUAAAUAUUCAAAUUGAUGAAAUUAGGAAUUUACCUCAAAAUCAAGAACUUAAUUUAAAUUAGGAGUAUUUAGAGAGAGAAGUCUAGCAAACUAUAAGAAAUUUAUAUGAAGAUAAAAUUGAGAACAUCGAAGCAAGCUAGAAUGAGAUAAGAUUAGUGUUGGACAAUUUAAAGGAUUAGCUUGUAAAAGAAAUAGCUGACUAAAUGAAUUCUAUUGGAAAUGCCAUUUAAACAAAAGCACAAGAAGAAGAUGAAAUAAUCUACCAAAAUAUAUCAGACGUUAAACAUCAAUGGGAGAAAAAACUUAAUCUGGUGUUUGAUUAAAUGAAUACAAAAAUAAAUAAUAUAGAACAAAGUCUUGAAAACUUUAAGAAAGAAAAGGCUAUCCCUAAAGCUGAGUUCAUGUAAAAUGAAAUAUACCAAAAAUUUGAUGAAUGUGUGAAAAGAUACGAAAGUUAAUUAAUGCAUGUCAAAGCUUAAAUAGACAGCAAACUAGAUAAAUCUCAACUACAAGAAGUUAUACAUGGAUAUAAAAACAUCAAAGAAAAUGAAAUUUUUAACAAAAUUGGCUUAGAAGUAGAAAAUCUAAAGCGUUUAAUGGAAGAAAAUUCUCAAGAAGUUGAAAAGAGUGCAAUGGAAUUCGAGGGAAGAAUAAGAAAGUUUGAGUAAUAUGUUGAAGCUAAAUUAAGAGACUACAACCAGAAGCUAAAAGAUAAAUUUGAGAAUUCUGCUUCAAUUGAAAAUUAAGUGAAGUAAUAAGAAUAUAUGAUUUAAUAAUUUGAAGAACAAAUAAACUAGUUGAAUGAAUAGUAUGAGAAUUUACAAUAAGAACUAAAAUCUCAUGACUCUAACGUCUUUGAAUUAAAAUAGUAAAGUGAAGAAAGAUUUGAAAAGUUAGUUAAAGAUUUAAAUAUGUUUGAAGAUAAUAUGAGUAAAAAUAACUCUAAGGUGUAAAAUGACUUAGCAUUAAGUCAUCAAAAUAUGGAUGAUAAAGUUGAGAAUUUAAACAAAGAAAUGUAAAUACUUCUCACAUAGAUGUCUGCUUUCUAAAAUGCUUUAGAUGAAAAUAUUUAACAGUUUAAUUAAAAAAUAAAUCUUGAACAAUAACAAAACAAUAAAAUUUUAAACCAAAUCUAGCAAAAUCCUAGCGUGUCUCCUAUUAAAAAGAAUCUUCCUUAAAAUAAUAAAAGUAAUUUCUAAAGUGAUAAUUUGAAUCAGGUUAUAAACGGUAAGGAAAGUUAGGUUUCUACUAAAUAUGAUGACUACUUGUAAAAAUAUGAAGAUUUUAACAAAGAAGUUUAAGAAUAUCUUUCACAAAGAAAUGAAAUACAAGAAGAUGAUUUAGAUAAAAAUCAAAAUCAUUAAGAUUAUGAUGAAUACACAAAAAGUAAUUUGAACUAAUAAAUCCCUAAUGAGUAAGAAAGUGAAAUUAAAAAAGCACAACAAUAAAAAUAAAUCAAUUCAGAAAAAAAUAGAGGCAGACGCUUUAAAGAAGAAGAUAAUGAGGAAGAAGAGGAGGAGGAAGAAGUAGUUUACGAACUUGAUGAUAAAGGAUAUUUAAUAGACGAAAAAGGAAAUUACAUACUUGAUGAUGAAGGAAAGCCUAUUCAGCUCUCAUAAGAACAUAUAGAAUAUCUAAAAACAAAUCAUAUGUUACAAGAAGAUGAAAACUGA